GAUUAAACAGUUGACCCGACUUGAAAUUGCGUCUCCGAGACUCUCCCCUAUGGACUCUAGAUUUAAGGUAAUUACCACUGCCGUUGCCCGGAAAUCAUGUCCGAUAUGCCUCUGCCGGCUGCACCAUCGGAGCGCGGCGGUUGUUAUCCCAUGUAUGCACGCCUAUUGCAUCGUUUGCAUCCGCAGAUGGAGCGAUGUGAAGAGAAAAUGCCCUCUCUGCAACGCCGACUUUGAUUCAUGGUUCUCCAGAAUCAGCUUCUCGUCCCGGACCUUCCAUAAAGAGCAAUUAUCAGCUCGUAACGAGACUAAGAAGUUACACUCAGGUUUUGUCCCCUCUAGGCUGAGAGACCGAUUGGCGGACCGAAGAGCGAUUACGAGAAGGAGAGAAGAGUUGAGUACUUUUGGCUCCAGAACGAGGCCGUUCCCAAAGCGGCGAUCCUUUGAUCGCAAUGGAGCUUUAAAUCCAGAUGAUAUUACUAGGAGAAUCAUUCUCUGGCGUUCCAGCAUUUAUGAAGAGAGAUUGCAGGCUGUUCCUUUUUCAUCUAAAAAUUGCCUUAUACAGCACAUGGAUAAUAGGAGUACCAAAGAGAAGAUGUUACAGAGAAUAGAACCAUGGAUAAGAAGGGAGCUGCAGGCUAUACUGGGGGAUCCAGAUCCAUCCAUUAUUGUCCAUGUUGCUACCUCUCUUUUUAUCACUGAAAAUACACAUUCAAUACAGCGGUGCGCCAGAAAUGAUUUUCUUGCUCCAUUGCGGCCCUUCUUGCAUGAACAUGCAGAAAUUUUUUGGCAUGAACUAAGGUGCUUUGCUGAGAGUCCUUUGUCUAUGCAGACAUAUGAUACUGUGGUGGAGUACUACUCCUUGGACUAAUUCACCAGUACCAAUCAUCAAUGCGUUGGCUACACUCCUGGGGUAACAAUGGAUUGAGAGGGGUAAGAUAGGGUUGUGAUCCAGCGUAGUCAUCUGAUCAUGGCUAUAAGGAUGUUGGAAUCUGAAUUCUUGUGGCAAAUGGAAGAGCAAGCCGCCAGUUUUUCUUCCUCAAUAGCCAGUUAAGAUUGGUUGAAGAGCCCACUAUGCACUGCUCCUUACGGAUGAAGUCUUGUUGCCUUAGCUUUGUCUAGGUAGGGAUAAGCAUAUUUGUUGUGCAAUAUUCAUUGACCUUUUUUCUGAAGUCCAAGACACAGGAGAAGAUGAUUUCUUGUGAUUAGCAACCCAUUUAUAGGAGAAGCUGGAGAGAUCUAGAAUGCUUAAAUUAUAUUUCUGCAGUGGUUAAUCAAAGCGUGACAGGAGUUCCUGAGGAGUUAGCAUUUGGUAGACGAUGCGCUAGCGACCCGUUUGAGCUCAUUAAGACGCUGUUUGAUUACCUGGGAAGAGGGGCUUUGGUGAUAUUUUGAUCCUGGUCCCUAUUGAGUGGACCUACCUUAGUGUCCUCUUCUUUGAUAAAUUGCCACAGCGCUAUUGCACAUUCUGCAUGUCUCUGGUCCACUCAGUUUGAAAAGUAUGGUUCGACAUUGGUGGACCUAGUUUUUCCAGUUAUAUCCUCCAUCAAGUACGCAUUUUGAAGAAGAAGAACCUUGUGUUGAUAGUUUGCGAAGUGGAUGAUAAAAGGUUGCCUUUGAAAUAGAAGUUGUACAGGGCUGCGAAUCUCUUGUGUGCAGAUCGUUGGAAAGGUGUUAAUUGCACAGUGGAAAGCCUCAUGUAUAAAAAUUAGAUACAAAUGUUUCGAUAUUAAAUCAUGUCGUAAAGAUAUGCGCGACUCUGGAAAAAUUUAAGAUCCAACAUAGGACCAAAAGAUUAUGCAAUGCAUAAAGAGAGAGAAUUGCAAUCCCAAAUAUGAACAAAAAUUAUGUAUGCUUGUCAAUCACCAGACGUAACGUUUUCCAUUGAUGUAUCUGUUUAAAUAUAUAUUAUUUUUAGCUUUUAUGGGGCCUCUUGUUUUUCUUA